GGGAGUACUCCACAGUGACGGAGUUUACUUGGAAAUCUGCAUAGAUGGACUUCACUUCGCUUAUCAGCUCCUUCAUUCCCUCAUGGACUUCUGUUGGUUUAUUAUUGGGAUUCUUUAGUUACUUGGGCAUUGCUGGAUCUAUUCUACCUGGAAAGCUUAUUCCUGGAGCGAAUCUAUCUGAUGGAACUCGAUUUCAUUAUCGCUGUAAUGGAAUGCUAUCACUUCUUUUGUUGGUUGGACUACUUAUCAUUGGAGCUUGGAUGGAUCAUGUAUCACUCACUGCAAUAUCAGACCGAGGGCUUGAGCUCUUAUCAACAACUUUUAUCUUCAGUGUUAUUGUCACAUUGUUACUUUAUGUUGCUGGAUGCAAAUCUAAAGAUCAAAGUGCAUCUCUAAAGCCUCACAUCACUGGAAACAUACUUGAUGACUGGUGGUUUGGGAUACAGUUGAAUCCAAGCUUCAUGGGUGUUGACCUCAAAUUUUUCUUUGUAAGAGCUGGAAUGAUGGGAUGGCUUCUCAUUAAUUUUUCUGUUCUUGCAAAAUCUAUCCAAGAUGCUAACUUGAGCCAAUCAAUGAUCCUCUACCAGCUUUUUUGUGUGAUAUACAUCAUGGAUUACUUCUUUUAUGAGGAAUACAUGACAUCUACAUGGGAUAUAAUUGCAGAGAGGCUAGGAUUCAUGCUAGUAUUUGGAGAUCUAGUAUGGAUUCCCUUCACAUUUAGCAUUCAGGGUUGGUGGCUUUUGAGUAAUAAGGUGGAGCUAACAACAGCUGCAAUGAUUGCAAAUUGCUUUGUGUUUGUGAUUGGGUAUCUGGUUUUUAGAGGAGCUAAUAAGCAAAAACAUGACUUUAAGAAGAAUCCAAAAGCAUUGAUAUGGGGUAGGCCUCCAAAAGUUGUUGGAGGGAAAUUGCUGGUUUCUGGUUAUUGGGGAAUAGCAAGGCACUGCAAUUACCUUGGAGAUCUGUUAUUGGCACUAUCCUUCAGCUUACCCUGUGGGAUCAGUUCUCCAGUUCCAUAUUUUUAUCCAAUUUAUCUUCUGAUUCUGCUGAUCUGGCGAGAGAGAAGAGACGAAUCCAGAUGUGCACAGAAAUACAAAGAGGUCUGGGCAGAAUAUCGCAAGGCUGUCCCAUGGAGGAUUCUACCAUAUGUUUACUAGGUUAAUCCAGUUACAGAAAGUCAACCUUAAUUGUUGGAAAGUCAACCUCGCUUGUCGGAAAGUCAACCCCGAUUGGGACCUUUG